AUGAAGCCAUUUGGACUUCAUUUCAGCUCAACCAGCAAUUGCCAGAUUGCCUGCUUGUUCUGCCCGAACCGCCACUACAUCGUCUUGAUACACGGGCCAGCUAUCGUGCAGCAACUCGCAUCGUUGCUGACCCGCAGGGUUCGCCAGGUCGUGGUCAGGUUCGGAUUCGUAAUCACUUGCCGGCGUCAAUGGCCUGUUCGAUCAAAUGGCGAUGCGGGCGAAGUGGGCUACCUAAAUUUGCAGCCGCCAUUCGAUCUCGGGGUUGAGGCCGUUGGAUUGGUGGAUGCUGUCGGCGCAGGGGUCGAUCUUCGAGUUGGUGAUUCCGUUGCGACCACAGGACUAGGCAACGCCUAUCGCGAUUACUGCUUGCUCAGUGCGGAUCGAAUUUAUCGCAUACCAGCAGCAACCCCGGAAUACCUGGCGAUUGUUCCCACUGGUAUUUCUGCACUCGUCGCACUUGAGCAAGUGGCACAACUGCGGGCGGGCGAAACGGUCGUGGUGACGGCCGCUGCUGGUGGCCUGGGUCACCUGUGGGUGCAACUGGCCGUUAACAUCGGGUGCGAAGUAGUUGGUGUUGCUGGCAGCGAGGACAAGUGUUCAUUCGUCCGCAGCCUCGGCGCGAGAGAUUGCAUCAACUACAAGCGGCAGGAUGUUGCUGAGGUAUUGGCCAGUGACUAUGCCGAUGUGAUUGAUGUGGCCGUCGAUACCGUGGGCGGCACUAUUUUUGAUGCGUUGGUGGCCAAUAUUGCACCGCUGGGACGCGUACUUGUAUCGGGCUAUGCAAGCGAGAUUGUCGCCGGUGCUCAGCCGGUGUUGCAACCCCGAAUCUACGAGAAAUUGUACUGGAAAGGCGCGUCGGUACGUGGCUUUAUGAACCCUUUGCUUGCCAGUUACCAUCGUGAUGCCGCUGAUCGCCUGUUUGCGAUGAUGGCUGACGGUCAGUUGAGGGUUGUGACUGACCCAACCGUGUUCGAUGGCUUGGAGUCAGUGCCCGAAGCUGCCGCGCAUAUGAUGUCAGGAAAGAACAUUGGCAAGACAGUCCUUCGCCUGGUCGGUAGCGAUUGA